GCAAGACAUCGUUAAUGAAUCAAUAUGUCAAUAAGAAAUUUAGUAAUCAAUAUAAAGCUACCAUUGGCGCUGAUUUUUUGACCAAAGAGGUCAUGGUUGAUGAUCGCCUUGUGACGAUGCAGAUUUGGGAUACUGCGGGUCAAGAACGUUUUCAGUCUCUGGGUGUUGCUUUCUAUCGUGGAGCCGAUUGCUGUGUCCUUAUGUUCGAUGUUAACAAUGCCAAAAGUUUUGAAACAUUGGAUAGUUGGAGAGAUGAAUUUUUAAUUCAGGCUUCUCCACGAGAUUCUGAAAAUUUUCCUUUUGUAGUCCUUGGCAAUAAGAUUGAUCUGGAAGACGCAAAAGAGGCUAUUAAUGUGGAACAAGCAUUCCAAACUAUAGCUAAAAAUGCUUUACAGCAGGAAACUGAAGAUAUCCU